GACGCGCAGCGGGCUGCUCGUUUUAUAUUGAAUUGACCUUAUUUACCCGCUGUGAUCUUGGGAGUGGGGUCGACAAACCCUUGCGAUACACAGCUAGCAAGUUUCCGCUGCCUUCACUACGUCCAGUUUGUUCCGAGGGCCGGUUCGGCAUUGUUUGUGUUUAUGGAUCGCGCGUAACAGCUGACAACAUGGUUGAAGUCAAGAUAACCGACGACAUCAAAGUUGGCGGCAAAAAUCCCUGUUUUAUAAUAGCGGAAGUAGGACAAAACCACCAAGGUGACAUUGAAAUUGCAAAAAAGUUGAUAAAAGCGGCUAAGGAUGCCGGCGCCAGCUGCGUGAAAUUUCAAAAAACUUGUCUCAAAGAAAAAUUCACAAAGAAAUAUUUAGAGAGACCAUAUAAUAAUCCAAACUCUUGGGGAGAGACUUAUGGGGACCACAAGAGACAUCUAGAAUUUUCAGAAAAUCAGUACAGGGAACUGUUUAAAUAUGCCCAAGAAGUGGGCAUUUUAUUUACUGCAUCCGCUAUGGACAUGGUCUCGUUCGACUUCCUAGUCAAUAUUAAAGUGCCAUUCAUAAAAAUAGGAUCGGGAGACUCAAACAACUUGCUGUUUCUCAAAUACGCCGCUUCUAAGAAAGUGCCAUUGAUUAUAUCCACGGGGAUGGUAGAUAAAAGCGCUGUAAAGACAAUUUACGACAUAAUAUCAGCACAACACAAGAAUUUCUGUCUAUUGCACUGCAUAUCGGCGUAUCCUGUACCCUACGAAGAUUGCAAUCUGACCGUGCUGCAAGAUUAUAAGAACACCUUUGAUAUCCCUGUUGGAUAUUCUGGUCAAGAAAUUGGAACAGCUGUCGCUUUAGCCGCAAUCGCUUUAGGAGCAAAGGUUUUAGAGAAACACAUAACUUUGGACAAAACAAUGAAGGGCACGGACCACGUGUGCUCUCUAACACCGCCUGAAUUCCAACAGUUGGUGAGAGAUGUUCGUGUCAUUGAAGCUUCCCUCGGCACGCCCAUCAAGAAAGUGGUCACUUCAGAAAUCCCAUGCAUCGAUAAGCUACAAAAAUCUCUCGUCAUGGGCAGCACGAAGAACAAAGGAGAAAUAUUAUACCCUGGCGACGUGAAGAUCAAAGUCGCCGAGCCUAAAGGACUGAACGCCCUGCACUUCGAAGAGGUCAUCUAUAAGACCCUGGUGGUCGAUAAGAAAGAGGAUGAACCUCUCCACGAAGGAGACUUUUGUCAAUGAUAUGCCAUUAAAUCUUCGAUUAUAUAUUUCUGAUUAAAUACAUCAACUGAAUACACUGCCCGGAACGAAAAUAGAUCGAAAGUAAGGGCACGUAAAGAUGGCGGUGUAAUAUCAGACAAUAAUAGCACCUGCGCAGACUUAUGUCUGUCUUUUUUGUUCAAUUAAUGUUUUGUAUAAAAGCAAUUUUUAAAUUAUAUUUUGCGCUCAAUAUUACUAUUUAUGGUACAGAUAAAGUUUUUUGUUAUAUAAGAUUAUAUUGUGUGUUUCUAAUGUGUAAAAUAUACAAAACUGUUAAAUUUUAUAGUAUGUACCUAAUGUUUCUGAAAUGGCGUGAAUUAAGGGUUACCUAAUGAUCAAAUUUUUUUCAUAAACACAGGACUUGAAAGGAAUAGCCGAAUUUUCAAGACUGUUUUAGUAAUACCCAUAAUAAACACAAUUUAAUUAAUUUGCAUAAGCGAUAAAGGACUACCCUAUGCCAGUAGAACCAUUUUUAAGUUCAACAAGAUAUGUUAUUUUAAAACUCUUGUGGCUCCCAUAAAAAGAAUUACUUGCAUUUAAAAAACUGUUGGAAUAAAAGGAAACGAAGGACUUUUAAAUAAAUAAAUACCAAUAAUAUUGAGAUGUUUAUUAGUUUUAAGAUACUUAUAUGAUUAGAUAGCAUAUAAAAAUGCAUAAUAGGUAUAACCGAAUUAUAAUAUACGCUCAGCUGUAAAUUAUUUUUAUAUUCUGUUAACAUUUAAACAUCUGAACUACAAAAUACAAAGUAUAGUUAAUGAAAA